CCAAAUAGCAGCAGUGCGCCAAAGCGGGCCCCCAAAGGAUACGAGGUAUCCGACCAGAGAGUGGUACAGAUUUACCCGCUAGAAGAAGAGCAUGCGGCAUCUCCAUCCGAGAAAGAGAAGAAGAGCAUCUCGUUGGAUGUCGACAUUGUAUUUGUGCCGGGGCUGGGUGCAGAUCCAAUAGAGUCUUGGAAAUCGAGCAAUUCAGACUUUAACUGGAUGAAGGACGAGACGGGAAUCCAAAGCCAGUUUCCUCGAGCGCGCUUGCUGCUCUACAAAUACGAGUCGGCGUAUGUCGGGGGCUUCAAAGUCAAGCAAGACAUCGAAAAUCUUGCAAACACAUUACUUGUAGCUUUGAGUGCCAAAAGAGAGACUUGCAAAGCCCGACCCAUUGUGUUUAUUGGCCACAGCAUGGGAGGCCUCGUGAUUGCAAAAGCCAUCAUUCUCGCAUCAAUAGACAUCGGAACGUCUAGAGACAUAUUCAACACCACGACUGGUUGCAUCUUCUUUGGCACUCCAUUCAGAGGCGCGUCGAUAUUCUCGUCAAUCACUGCGUAUGCGGCCGCAGCAGAAAAGCAGGACAAGGGCGCCAUUGAGUCUACAUUGCUGGACUUGCUCCAAGCCGACAAUAGAGAGCUGCGCCAAUUGAGAAUCGAGUUUACGCGUCUGGCAACUACAAACAAUCAGACAAUCUCUUGCCAUUGCUUCUGGGAGCAGCGCGAAAGUGAUAUUACAAAGCUGCUAAAGAUGAUCAACGGGCUCAGCGAUGUACAGCUCCAAGAUUUCCACCUCCCAGAGGGCAAAACCACCAUGUUUGUGAAGCCGGAAUCAGCGACGCUUGAGAGCUGCAAGACAACGGGACUGCAAUGCGACCAUCGAGGUCUCGUCAAGAUUGACAACUUGAAGGAAGACGGGCUGUGGGCUCAAGUGAAGAAGCCGUUGAGAGAAAUAGUGGAUGGCGCUCAAUCGGCAGUCAAGAGUCGUCUGAAUGCAGUCAGAAACAUCGACCUGCCAAUGCUCAGCGCCAUCAUGAAUGUUUUGGAAGGCGGACAAAUCAGGAGAAAGGAGGAGGUUUUGUUGCAGUCAUUUGUCCCAUCGUCCUGGAUCUCUUCAGAAGACGAGUAUAAAAGCUGGCUUGGAGGCGAGACAUUGGCUGAUGAAAAAUCGGUCGACUGUCUCUUCAUACGUGGCCGAGAGGGCCGUGGAAAGACCAGCGCUACAUUGGCCGUCCUUGAUGGCAUCAGAAAGGUACAGUACGCAAAGAAUAAUGCUGGCGAAGAUGACAUGCUCGCCUAUUUCUUCUGCGAUACAGAAUCGGACUAUUCGACUGCAGAAGAUGUCCUCAAAUCACUCAUCAGGCAGCUGCUGAGCCAGAGGGAAACUUUGGCACCGCACGCUGCAAAGUUUACCAAGCGCCAAAAGACAGACGAUGAAGCCACGAAGCAGAUUGAAGCAAAAGCAUCGGUGGAGAAUCUAUGGCAGUCACUUCAAGGCAUGCUGUCAGAUCCAUUGAUUGGCAACAAAGUCUACUUUGUCCUCAACAACCUGCAUACCCUGCCAGCCGAGUCUGAGUCGACCAAGAAAUUAAUGAGCUACAUCAAUACCGAAUUAGGCGCUGGACAAUCUCAGCGACACGUCAAAACUAGAUGGUUUCUAACAAGUCAAAGCGUUGAAGACUUUCCCAAUGUCUCCAAUGAUAACCAACUUGUUCGAGUAAUUGACCUCGGCGAUCCCAAGCACAAGAGCAAAGUGCAGAGCGAGCUGGAGAGACAUGCCAAGAAGAAGGUGACUGCUCUUGGCGAGAAGAAGAGAUACAACAAGGCGUUAUCGUACUUUGCGAGCAGUCUCAUCGGAAGACGAGCUCAAAACACCCAGUGGAUCGACAUUUUGUGUAUCCAGCUCGAGGAGCUGUCGACAGAUAGCGAUCUUACUGUUCGUGACAUUCUCGAAAGUACGCCCCAGGACCUCAAAACGCUUCUCAGCCAGGCCUGGAAACAGAUAUUCCAGCUCAAUAGGGAUAACGCAGGGAAAAUGAAGGAAAUUCUCCGCACAAUGGUAUUAACUUACGAAGACCCGAGUGAGAUGGAGCUUGGAGUGCUUGCCGGAUUCUCAUCCACGGAUGAACAAAGAGCAGAAUUGCACAACAUCAUUGGGCAAUGCAGACCGCUGCUCUGUACACAGCCAACUGACGGCGCCAAUCCAACAGUAAGCUUCAUCAAUGCAGUCGUCAAGACGCAUCUUUUUGAGAAUGCAAAAGCACUUUUGGGGCUGUCGAGGGAAGGAAUUAAGUGGCAGCAGGGCGUCUUGGCCCACCGCUGCUUCUCCCACAUCAAAGAAGUCUUUGGCUAUCCCCAAGUUGAGCUGGAAGUCGGCUCAACUGCCACUGUCAUGACCAAAGAUGACAUGGAGGCACUGAGAUUUAAUCAGGAAGGUCAGCAUGCUCUAGACAGGAUUGAGAAGAGCAUUGCGGCAGCAUACGCUGUCAAGCACUGGCUACAUCAUGCCAGCAAGGCAACGCUCGACAUUGCCGAUGAGCUGAGCCUUGAAGAUUUCUGGAAACCCGGCUCCCUCGUCAGGUGGCGCUGGUUGGUUGGAUAUUGCCACCUUACUACCGUCUUGGCCGGCUUCCGUUGCAAAACUUUCAACGCACUGCAUGUGGCGGCUUCAGUUGGGUUUAGCCAGCUUGUUGCAGCCUUGAUUCGCAAUGGCUACAAGCAGGAGAUUACACAGCGAGACGAGCUAUGGAACACACCCUUGCAUUUGGCGGCAUGGUAUGGUCGAGUAAACACAGUUCAUGAGCUUCUUAGCAGUAACGCGCCCGUCGACGAUUGCAUUGAUGUCGAUCACCAGACGCCUCUCUUCAUGGCGGCUGCUCGGGGACACAUCAGUGUCAUGCAAAAGCUGCUUCACCAAGGCGCCAAUCCAAACGCCAUGACUACCAGGGAUGGCCCGGUUCUUAACGCGGCUAUUGCAUCGGGCAAUAUCUCUGCUGUCAAGCUGCUCGUUGGUUACGAUAAACAAAAGGUAUCCUUGACCAGGGUUGAUGAGAGUCCCGAUCGAAUACCGAGACAGUUGACAGUGGCAGCCAUGAUUGCCGACGACGAAAUGUUUGAGUAUUUAAUGAACAGCUUCCAGGGGAACAUUCCAGAGCCCGACUAUCUCGAGGCCGUUUUCGUUUCGGCAAGUCUUGGUAAAGUUGUGCGCUUCAAGUUGCUUCUGGAUCAUCCAAUUCGGCGUCCCGUUCUACACAACAACUGCCAGCUGAUCUUGGAUGGCAUUGGCCAAAUCUCCAAUUACUGGGACAUUUUCAAAAUCCUCAUGAACAAGUGCCAAGGCUGGGGCCUCAAUGUCGACAAAGUAUUCUUCGCUGCUGCGGCAUGCAACCAGGACCAAGACGAGGUGGUCAGAAUGGCCUGGAACUAUGCAGGCGGCGCAAUCUCGAGAGGCGCCCUUGACGGAGGCCUCUACCACGCAGCCGAUGGCGAAAAGGAAUCCACUGUGAAGCUCUUGCUGGAAUAUGGAGCCGAUCCAAAUGCCGUGCUCUACGAUCCCAGCGGCAAAAUGUACGAGUACGGCAAUGCCUUGACGGCCUCUGCCUUUGACGGCACAGAAACCAUCUCGAGGCUUCUUCUCGCCGCCAACGCAAACCCCAACCACACUCAAGGCUGGGCCCUUCAAAUAGCCGCUGGCCAAGGCCAUGCCCACAUUGUGCAGCUGCUUCUUCAAUGCGGCGCAAACGUCAACGCCAUCAGCCCCUUUUUUCCCCAGGGCAGCGCCAUCCAAGCUGCCUGUGAAUCCGGCAAUCUCGAAAUCGUGCAGCUGCUGCUCCGGCACGGCGCCAACCCAAACUAUGGCUCUGGCAUUGCCUCGCCUCCCAUCAUCGCCGCUGCAAAACGCGGACAAGCAGAGAUCCUGGACGCGCUGGUCAACGCCGGCGCCCUGCUCAACGUCUUUGGCGGCCCAGACAAGUCGACGCCGCUCAUCAACGCCGCGGCAUAUCUUCCAACCACGUCGUUGCAGACGCUGCUCAACCGGGGCGCCAACAUCAAUCUCCCCGACCAGGAUGGAAACACGGCGCUGAUCAUCUCCGCCGCUCGUGGCGACAUUGUGGCCGUCAAGUUUCUGCUUGCAAACGGCGCCGAUCUGCUGCACUUUAACAACAACUACGUCAACGCACUGAUUGCGGCGUACUCGAACCAGCAGUCGGAGUGCCUGACAGAACUCAUUGUGGCCUGUUCAUCGGUGCUUUUGUGUUUCAAGGUUUUGAUCACGGCUAACAAGGUGGAUUUGUCGGCGCUGGCGCUGUUGGCUGCCCAAGGUGGAAAGCCCAGGUGAAGCUAUCGCGUUCAAUCCAUGAAUCGAUACUCCUAGGUAUGUUGGUAGCUAGGGCGUACGAUAUUAGUCAUCUCUCAAUUAAGUGUAUAUAUUAUAUCUUGGCCAAAUUGUAUUACCAAUUACUAGAACCAUCUCGUU